AUGAUAUCUGGUCGCCGGAAGGCCGUCGCGCUGAAGAUGUUCCUGUUGUUGCCGGCGUUGUGGUGCCUCUCGAUGGUCUACUUUGCUACGCACGAGGACCCUCUGGUGGCCGAACGGCUUGAACGGGAGGCGCGUGCCGCUCGACUUCCGGAAUUCCCAGAAACCCCCCACGACGUCCUCAACGCCUCGUUGCCCAUCUACCGACGCGCCAUCCCGGGCCAGCCGGGCGAGCUCGGCACGGCAGUAAACAUCGAUCCGAAGUCCCUCUCCGACAUCGAGCGCGCCAAGUACGACCGCGGGUUCCAGAACAACGCCUUCAACGAGUACGCCUCCGAGAUGAUCUCGAUCCACAGAGCCCUGCCGAGACCGCUGGAUGAAGAGUGCCAACAGGAAAAGUACCCCCGCGAUCUGCCCGACACCUCGGUGAUCAUCACCUUCCACAACGAGGCUUGGAGUGUACUGAUUCGUACUGUGCAUUCGGUCCUGGAACGGACCCCGGCCAGAUACCUGAAGGAGAUCAUCCUCGUCGACGACUGCAGCGAGCGCAAUCACACUCAAGAACCCCUCGACAUCUACAUGAGCGCCUACAAAAAGGUGCGCAUCGUCCGGCUCCCGCAGCGCGAGGGAUUGAUCAGGGCUCGACUCGCCGGUGCCGCUGUCGCCAAGGGUCAGGUGUUGACGUUCCUCGACUCGCAUAGUGAAUGCUUGGAAGGCUGGGUGGAGCCAAUUCUCGCCCGCAUCCACAAGAACCCGACGAUCGUCGUCUGCCCGGUCAUCGACGUCAUCGACGACACGACGUUCGAGUACAAGCAGAGCCGAGCUGUCCACACGAAUGUCGGCGGGUUCGAUUGGUCGCUGACGUUCAACUGGCAUCAAAUUCCGGCUCGGGAUCGUCAGGGGCGGCGGGAUAUCGAUCCGGUUAGGUCACCAACGAUGGCCGGCGGCCUGUUCUCCAUCGACCGCGCCUACUUCGAGCGGCUCGGCACCUACGACCCCGGGUUUGACAUCUGGGGCGGCGAGAACCUGGAGCUGUCCUUUAAGAUCUGGAUGUGCGGCGGCACACUCGAAAUUGUCCCCUGCUCCCACGUCGGCCACGUUUUCCGGAAACGGUCCCCGUAUUCUUGGGGGAAGACUGCGAAUGUGUUGAAGAAAAACACUGUACGUCUCGCUGAAGUGUGGCUGGACGACUACAAGAAGUACCACUACCAACGUAUCAACUACCAAUUGGGUGACUACGGCGACGUCAGCGAGCGCAAAGCCCUACGCGAGCGUCUCGGCUGCAAGUCUUUCAAAUGGUUCCUCGACAACGUGUACCCCGAGCUGUUCGUCCCCGGAGACAGCGUGGCUUCUGGAGAGUUCCGCAACCUGGGCGACGGGAAGCAGUGCCUGGAUGGCGGUGGCUCCGGGGUCAAGCUUUACCCUUGCCAUGGUCAGGGUGGAAAUCAGUUCUGGAUGUACUCAAAGAUGGGCGAGAUCCGCCACGACGACAUGUGCCUCGACUAUGCCGGGAAAGAGGUGGAGUCGGUUGCCUGCCACGGCCAGCGCGGCAACCAGGACUGGAAGUAUGACAAAGUGUCAAAACAACUGCUCCACGUCCCAACCGGCAAGUGUCUGACGAUGCGCGCCAAGGAGCUCGUGGUUCUGAUGGGCGAGUGCGACGCGAAGGACCCGCUGCAGACGUGGGCCUUCCGCGGAGGUCUCAAGAAUUCGGAAACCCCAACCACCGCCCAGCCAGUCCAC